AUAGCAUCUCGAUUCUCGACUCUCUACCUCUACGAUUUGGUAGAGUUUGAUGUUUGAUGGCCUAAAAGGACUUGGGCUACUAAAUUUAUUCUUUGUCAACAAACUGUGUCUGUUGAAAGGCAGCUGGGUUAGUUGUUACAUGAUUGGAGAUUGAAGUGUCAAGAUGGAAGAACUGGAGAAACUAGAAUACCUUUCACUUGUGUCAAAAGUCUGCACAGAGCUGGAAAACCAUCUUGGAAUCAAUGAUAAAGAUCUUGCGGAGUAUGUGAUUGAACUUGCAGACAAAAAUGGCACUUUUGCUACAUUCAAGAAAGCCCUGGAAGAGAGAGAUGCCCUGUUCUCUGACUCUUUAAUCGCAAACUUACUGCGUCUUAUCCAAAAGAUGAAACCAAAACAGAAAGAAAAAAGUUUUGAAGAGUCUGAAAGAGAGGAGGACAAGAAAGUUGAUGUUGACUUAAACAGACAACUUUUCCCUGGGUUGGCUCUAGCUGAUGAUCCAAAAGUCAGAAGCAUGCUUGAUGAUGAUGAAGUCUUGAGCAGCGAUGAGGAGAAGCAGAGCAGCAAGCUGAAGCCGUCGUCCUCGAGCACUAAAGAGGAGAAAAGUGUCACUUCUAAGGGUGAAGGCGGUGACCAGAGCGUGGCAGACAGCAUGAUGCUGGAGCUGGAAGCGCUGCUGGGGAAAGCCUCGGGGAAGACCAAAGAGAGCAAGGACAAGGAUGGAGGCAGCAGGAGCAAGAACCGCAGGAGCAGAAGCAGGAGUAAAGACAGAGACCGAGACAGGAAAAGGAAAAAGAGGUCUAGAAGUAGAGAUAGAUCUCGCAGCAGAUCUCCUGCCCGGCGAAGAGACAGAGAUAGAGAAAGAGAUCGAGACAGAGACAGAUCAAGAGAUCGAGACAGAGACAGAUCAAGAGAUCGUGACAGAGACAGGGAUAGAGAUCGGGACAGGCAUCGAGACAGACGUCACAGAAGAGACAGUAGGUCAAGGUCGGGAAGCAGAGACAGGGAUCGCCGCCACAGAGACAGAGCUGAGCGGAAGACUCGAGACUCUGACAAGGCAAAAGAGAAGGAGAAGUACAACGAUAUUCCUUUGGAACCUGUUGUCGGAUCGAUUUAUGAAGGAAAAGUUACAUCAAUUUUACCAUUUGGUUGUUUUGUGCAACUAGAAGGGUUGCGGAAACGUUGGGAAGGAUUGGUACACAUUUCACAGCUACGGAGAGAAGGACGAGUCAUAAAUGUCAGUGAUGUGGUGAACAGAGGACAAAAAGUCAAGGCAAAAGUUCUUUCAUUCACUGGAAAUAAACCCAGCUUGUCUAUAAAGGAUGUUGACCAAAGCACUGGGGAGGAUCUGAACCCCAGUCGUGUGCGUGUUGGAGGAGAGGUGAAAGAUGGGGAGGAAAAUUCUGCCAGAAACCCGGACAGGCCGAGCACCCUGCCACUUGUGGAUGCCCCAGAGCUGGAAGACGAAAAGUCUGAGAUGAAGACGUUCAAACGACUUUCCUCACCUCAGCGCUGGGAGCUGAAGCAGAUGAUGGCGGCCAACUGUAUCGACAUAACAGCUCAUCCGGACUUUGACGAGGAGACGGGACUUUUGCCUAAAGAAGAUGAUUCUGAUGAAGACGUGGAAGUGGAAAUGGUGGAAGAAGAACCCCCAUUUUUACAAGGUCAUGGCCGUCAGUGGGUCGAGCUUAGCCCGGUCAAAAUUGUCAAGAAUCCUGAUGGCUCCUUGGCGCAGUCUGCGAUGAUGGGAAACGCUCUGCAGAAAGAGAGGAGGGAAAUGAAGCAGGCCCAGAGGGAGGCUGAGGUCAGCACUGUGCCAGCCGGUCUCAACAACGACUGGAUUGACCCAAUGCCUGAAGAUGGUGGCAGAACUCUGGCAGCUAACAUGCGUGGAGUGGGCAUGGCACCCAAAGAAGAACCAGAGUGGAAGAAACACAUCAGUGGUGGAGCUAAGGCCUCCUAUGGUAAAAAGGAAAACAAGACCAUCAUUGAGCAGCGUCAGAGCUUGCCUAUCUUCAAAUUGAAAGAUGAUCUUCUCAAGGCUGUCCAUGACAAUCAAGUUUUGAUUGUCAUUGGGGAGACUGGCUCUGGCAAGACGACUCAAAUCACGCAGUACCUGGCAGAAGCUGGCUACACCACACGUGGAAAGAUUGGCUGCACGCAACCCAGACGUGUGGCUGCCAUGUCCGUGGCAAAGAGGGUGUCAGAAGAAUUUGGUUGUCGGCUUGGCCAGGAGGUUGGGUACACUAUCCGUUUUGAAGACUGCACCAGUCCAGAGACAAAGAUCAAGUACAUGACAGAUGGUAUGUUGCUGAGAGAGCACUUGAUCGACGGAGAGAUGACCCAGUAUGCCAUCAUCAUGUUGGAUGAAGCUCACGAGCGGUCCAUUCACACUGAUGUUCUCUUUGGCCUCUUGAAGCAGGCUGUUAAAAAACGACCAGAUCUAAAACUUAUUGUUACGUCUGCCACUCUAGAUGCUGUGAAAUUUUCACAAUAUUUCUAUGAAGCUCCUAUCUUCACAAUCCCUGGUCGAACAUACCCUGUGGCAAUUCUGUACACAAAAGAAGCAGAAACUGACUAUUUGGAUGCAUCUCUCAUCACUGUCAUGCAGAUUCACCUCACAGAACCACCAGGUGACGUUUUGCUGUUCCUCACGGGUCAAGAAGAGAUUGACACAGCCUGCGAGAUUCUGUAUGAACGCAUGAAAGCAUUAGGCCCAGAGGUUCCUGAGCUGCUCAUUUUGCCAGUAUACAGUGCUUUGCCUUCUGAAAUGCAGACAAGAAUCUUCGAGCCUGCUCCUCCUGGGUCAAGAAAGGUCAUUAUUGCAACCAAUAUUGCAGAGACGUCCUUGACUAUAGACGGCAUUUACUACGUGGUUGAUCCAGGAUUUGUCAAACAAAAUGUGUACAACUCAAAAACAGGAAUGGAUCAGCUGAUUGUUACACCUAUUUCUCAGGCUCAAGCCAAGCAGAGAGCUGGUCGUGCCGGGCGCACUGGGCCAGGCAAGUGCUACCGUCUGUACACUGAGCGUGCCUACCGCGACGAGAUGCUGUCCACAAAUGUUCCUGAGAUUCAGCGCACCAACUUGGCCUCCACUGUGCUCAGUCUGAAAGCCAUGGGGAUCAAUGACCUGUUGGCCUUUGACUUCAUGGACGCCCCACCCAUGCAGACGUUGAUCUCCGCCAUGGAGCAGCUUCAUGCUCUCAGUGCACUGGACGACGAGGGGCUUCUUACCAGGCUUGGGAGGAGGGACAAGCAAGCCAUUGCAGACUCAAAGAAAGCCAAGUUCCACCAGUCAGAGGGAGAUCACUUGACACUACUCGCUGUUUAUAACUCUUGGAAAAACAACAAGUUCUCCAGCCCAUGGUGUUAUGAGAACUUUGUGCAGAUAAGGACUCUAAAGAGGGCCCAGGAUGUCAGGAAGCAAAUGUUGGGCAUAAUGGAUAGGCAUAAACUUGAUGUUGUAUCCUGUGGAAAGAAUACAGUGCGGGUGCAGAAAGCCAUUUGCAGUGGAUUUUUCCGAAAUGCUGCCAAAAAGGAUCCCCAAGAGGGUUACAAAACAAUUGUGGACAGUCAGGUGGUGUACAUCCAUCCUUCAAGUGCUCUAUUCAACAGGCAGCCAGACUGGGUGAUAUAUCAUGAGCUUGUGCUGACGACCAAAGAGUACAUGAGGGAAGUCACAGCCAUUGACCCCAAGUGGCUGGUGGAGUUUGCCCCCAAGUUCUUCAGGCACUCGGAUCCAACGAGGCUGAGCAAGCAGAAGAAGCAGCAGAAGAUUGAGCCUUUGUACAACAAAUAUGAAGAGCCUAACUCAUGGCGUAUCUCCAGGGCCUUCAGAAAGUUCCACACUAAAGUUACUUUUUAGACUUACCCCUAUGUCACUGAUUGUAUGUACAGCUUUGGUAGUUUGCCAUCAAGAUGUUCCAUUUGUUUGAACUACCUUUUGAGAUGCAGGAUUCUCAGUUGUAUAGUUUAAGACAUUGGGAGGGUCAGGUCUUUUUUCAUGUUGACAACUCCUUACUUACUUUAUAAGGAGUCAGUUCUGUUAUCAAGUUUCUCACUGGACCCUGGCUUUUUUCAGCUUGACAGUCACUGUAGUGUUGUCUUUUUGGGUUAAUUAAAAUUCUUUAUUGAUGAAACAAUAAAGAUAUAGGAUUGAGAAUUGGCACCUUGUACAAUAUUUUAAAAAUAAAAUGUCCAUGUUAUUUUACUUGCAUCUAAAAUAAAUCUUCAUAAUUAUCACAUUCCCUGAAAAAAA